UUCUAAACCCGCCCAGGCUCGUACGAUUUCCCGCCACAUUUGCAGAGUCUCUGACUGAGGAGGAUCGAACAAGAUGCUGUGGGUAGACAAGUACAGACCCAAAACCCUCGACCAGGCAACGGUCCACCACGACAUCGCUCAAAACCUCAAGAAACUUGUUGCGGAGCAGGAUUUGCCCCAUCUUCUUUUUUACGGGCCUUCCGGCUCCGGCAAGAAAACCCUAAUUAUCGCCCUUAUUCGUCAGAUUUUCGGACCCAGCGCCGACAAGGUGGCGGUGUCGAACAAGACAUGGAAAGUUGAUGCUGGGAGUAGAACAAUUGACAUAGAGCUGACUACAUUAUCAAGCAACAAUCACAUGGAACUGAGCCCCAGUGAUGCAGGCUUUCAGGACAGAUACAUUGUUCAAGAGAUAAUCAAGGACCUGGCUAAAGAAAGAACCACUGACCCAAAAGGGAAAAAAGGAUAUAGAAUCUUGGUGUUGAAUGAAGUUGACAAACUUUCCCGAGAAGCACAGCAUUCUCUUCGAAGAACUAUGGAGAAAUAUACAGCUUCAUGCCGCCUAAUACUAUGUUGUAACAGUUCUUCAAAGGUUACUGAAGCAAUCCGGUCACGGUGUCUAAAUGUGCGAAUAAAUGCACCAACAGACGAACAGAUUGUUAAGGCAUUGGAGUUCAUUGGAAAGAAAGAAGCGCUUCAACUUCCUUCUGGUUUCGCUGCUCAUAUAGCUGAAAAGUCAAACAGGAGCUUAAGGAGAGCUAUAUUGUCUCUAGAAAGUUGCCAUGUUCAACAGUAUCCAUUUACAAGCAACCAAAUAAUUCCUUCCAUGGAUUGGGAGGAAUAUGUUACAGAAAUUGCAUCUGAUAUAAUGAAGGAGCAGAGUCCGAAAAGGCUUUAUGCGGUGCGACAAAAGUUGUAUGAACUUCUUGUUAAUUGUAUCCCUCCAGAGAUCAUUCUCAAGAGGCUGCUUUAUGAGUUAUUGAAGAAGUUGGAUGCAGAAUUGAAGCAUGAGGUCAGCCAUUGGGCAGCAUAUUAUGAACAUAGGAUGCGUCUUGGGCAGAAAGCCAUAUUUCACCUCGAAGCGUUCGUGGCCAAGUUCAUGAGUAUUUACAAGGCUUUCCUCAUCGCAGCGUUUGGCUAAACAUCAGAAUAGCAUGAAUUUCUUUUAUCUGAAAGGUGAGUUUUCUGUUCACCCUGGUGGGAAGGUGGGAAGGAAUUGUGCACUCAGUUUCAUGUUUAUUCAUUUCAGUAGUCUGUGUCAUGGAUAGAUGUGAUCUCUUAGAGCGAUGAAACUGUGUAUAACUGUAUCAUGGUUGUUUUCUUCUCUGCACUUUCCUUUUUUGGCUUAAUUUGUAGCUGUGUUCCCUUUCAAAAUUAGGUGACUUCAACAGCAGAAAAAAAAAACGUUUAGAUGCAAGGGGUUGAAU